AUGUUCCCAACAUCACAACGUGCUUCGCAGCCUGCUCCUCCAGUUCCUCCUCCUCCUGCAGGAUUCAAAGGAAUUUAUACUCCAGUUCGUCCUGCUACUGGCACUGGUGGCGGACCUGCAGCGCCUCCAGUUACACGUCCGCCACAAACUGCUCCUGCCACUUCCGGCGGUGGACCUGCACAGCCUCCUGGUCCUCCCAAAGGACCGCCUCCACUCUCAAUGUCACGAUGUGCUUCACAGCCUGCUCCUCCAGUUCCUCCUCCUCCUGCAGGAUUCAAAGGAAUAUAUUCUCCAGUUCGUCCUGCUACUGGCACCAGUGGUGGUCCUCCAGCACCUCCAGUUCCAUGUCCGCCACAAACUGCUCCUGCCCCUUCCGGCGGUGGACCUCCACAGCCUCCUGGUCCUCCCAAAGGACCGCCUCCACUCUCAAUGUCACGAUGUGCUUCACAGCCUGCUCCUCCAGUUCCUCCUCCUCCAGGAUUCAAAGGAAUUUAUUCUCCAGGUCGUCCUGCUACUGGCUCUGGUGACGGACCUCCAGUGCCUCCAGUUCCACGUCCGCCACAAACUGAUCCUGCCCCUUCCGGUGGUGGACCUCCACAGCCUCCUGGUCCUCCCAAAGGACCUCCUCCACUCCCAACGACAUCCUCCUCUGCCGCCGCCUCCGAGACCUUCAGUGCCUCCUAA